CCAACAUGCGUCCGCUCCUGUACGCCAUCGUUUUUCAGCUGGCAACCGUAGCCCGCUCGUCCGUGAUCCAAGACAUGGGGGUUGCUUCGGCGAGGGUUGGGACCAGCGUGACUCUGAAGUGUUACUACAACAACACGCAGGUGGCCAGCCAUUACUCGUGGUACAGGCAGACGCUGGGAGGUCGCCCCGUGGUCCUGUCCACCAUUUACAAGUUCGACACCCCGUCCAAGAUGCUGGUGUGGCUGGAGAAGCACCCGCGAUUCGCCGUGCAGAGGCAGGAGGGACAGAACCAUCUCCACAUCUCCAACGUCCAGCCUGAAGACAUGGCUCUGUACUUCUGCGGCAGCUCCCACAACAACAUCGUGGAGUUUGGACAAGGGAUUUUUCUCAAUGUCCAAGGUCCCACAGAGCCCAUCUCCAAACACGUGACCCAGGAGCCUGCAUUAGCCUCGGCCGUCGCUGGAUCUUCUGUAACGCUGAACUGUUCCGUGAGGGCGGGAGCGUGCGCAGAGGACCACAGCGUCUACUGGCUCAAACAGGGCUCCGGACUGGGCCUCCUCCACACCCACGGGCCCCGCUGUAAACCGCAGGGCCCCCAGUCUGGAGCUCAGAGCUGCACGUACCACCUGCAGAAGCCCGGCGUGAGCAGGGCGGACGCGGGCAAGUACUACUGCGCUGUGGCCUCCUGCGGGGAAGUCCUGUUUGGGAAUGGGACGGUUCUACAGGUCAGCGGAGAAGACGGAGACCUGAAAGUCCACAUCGUAGUCCUGAUGUGGUUGUCCAUAGCCAGGAUGGGGGUGCUGCUGCUGAUGGUCACUGUGUGUCUGUUCAUGUACUGCAUCAGGAGUAGACAAACAGGGAUGUAA